UCGGCAUACAGCUGAAUAUCGUCGGCAUUAUGCGUGAAACCCAAUAUACAUGAUACAUGUACAGUGUCUAUACUUCAUGCAUGACUUCCAGUUCCAAUAUGCAAUGUAACUCUCAUCUCUCUGCGACGGAAAUAAAAGUUUAUAGGCCUAUGAAUGAAUAAAUGUAGGAUUUACUGUUGGUAAAUGCAAGGGCUGUUUAUUGUGACAUAUAGUGCAGGUACACCAUGAAUAUUGCCGUUUGCGUGGUUGUUGAAUGAGCCGGGCCGUCUUUCUACACUUUUGGUGAUUGUUCAGUCGCCCGUUUAGUAUACCAUUGAAAGUCAUUCUUUACCUUGUUUUCGGUGUACGUGUGCGUGUUUACACUCAUAGCUCGAGCAUAGGUUUCAGACCGACAUGUACCCACCGUUGUUCCCUACGCUGUCAACUCGGUUGGACUAUUUGGAACGCAAAAUGUCGGCCGUUGGUUUGUCUCCGCUGUUACUGUUUGUCUUGUGUCUUCAUCUCGAAGGAUCCAAUGCAUUUGAGUCUGUCCACCUAUCCGCCACUCCGGUAAAGGGAGACCCCUACGCACUCAAUCUGACCUGGACCUACCCUAGCCAGGGACGGCUGAUCCAAGAACAUGGAAAGCCCAAGUAUUUUUCCAUCAGCUUCGCCUUGGAGAACCGCUAUGGGUGCCAUACCGUGCCGAACGCCACCCAGUAUGGUAACCGGCAGAUGGUGGAAAUGAUCCGCCGUGGCGGCACGCAUGAUGCCGGCCGGUACACACUGACGGGAUUGGAGCCCAACUCCAUGUACUUCAUAUACAUCCAAGGCUUCACGCUGAGUUUUAACUUCCCCGAAUCCAGCACGUAUGCAAGGACGGGCCAAAAGUCUCCAGUGGAUGCACCGACCGGAGUGAGACUCAUCCGUAACGAGUCUACCACGACAUCCCUCAAGUUCGCCUGGGACAGGGUACCCUGCACGUCCGGCAGUAGGUCCAGUCCGUUCCUGGCCUACCGCUACAGCCUGAUCAGCGAUGAAAACCCCACCGGAAGCUCACUGGAGACGACAUCAGCGGAAGCGUUAGUGGCUGGCCUCGAGCCGUACACCCGGUACGGGUUCCGAGUGCAGUUCAAGAGCGAAGAAGGCUACGGGCCGUUCAGUGAGCCUUAUUAUGCCAUCACAAUGGGCCAAGUGAGCCUCACUCAAGAGACCGAAGUAGCAGCUGGUGAGACGGUGGAGCUCGUGUGCAGAAGCAGAGGGUCCUCUUCUUCUGGUAUCCCUGGUCCAGACCACCUGAUUCUUGGGGGGCCAGAGGGGAAGGGUCAAAGAUCGAGCACCAUGGUCAGUGGACUGACACGGAUCAAUCACUUCCGGGCGGUCGUGGACGAACCCAAUGUGGAGUUCACGUGCACAUUGCACUAUGAUGGAGUGGACGAGGCCCUGGGGACGGAUUCUCUAAGGGUCAAAGUCUAUGAAAAGCCGUAUGUGCAGACAGUUCCCAUGGUCCGCAUCGGGGUCCCCUCCCCAGGCAACGCUACCGUGACCUGGCUGCCGUGGACGGCCGAUGGAGGUGGCGACGGCCCGGUCGACGAUCAAGAGGUCGUGUGGCGGCGCGCGGGCGACCUCGAGUACGACAACAUGGCCGUCGAGCCCAGUUCUGUCUCUGCCGUGGUACGCGGUCUGGACCCUGACGCAGAGUACGAGUUUGCUGUUGUUCUCUUUCGAAAGGGAAUCCCUGGACCACCAAAUAAAGCAAUGCUUAUCGAAGGCACCACUACUCCAGCAAUGCCAGAUGGUCCAUCAGAGAAAAGCUCGCAAAACGAAGGCGGUUAUCAUAAUCUGUUCGGGCCGGAGACAGACAACGCUAUCAUUGCAGGAGUCUGUGGGAUUUUCCUGGUCAUUUUGAUUCUCCUGUCCGUCAUUGGAGUGUGGUGUACAAGCACAAAGACACCAUCCGAUGACAAAGUUCCACUGACAAAAGGAGAAGACUAAAAAAUAAACCUAGACCAAACGUCUUGCAGAUUUUACUCACACCAGAUGGAAACAGAUAUUUUCUCUAUUUGAAUUAUAAGAAAAAGAUAUUGUUUUCGACUCGGUAGAUUUGUACUGGAAACAGUCAACUCGUGCAUCACACCAAUAUUAUUGCUCUGUCCGUAUUUUUAUUACCACUGGUUCGUCUAUGGUUCAUUUAAUCUAGCGGGGUCAAAAAACAGACUUAGUAGUAAUUGUAUUCAUUAAAAUGAGCCUUUUAUCGAAACGCACAUAUGUUUUCCUUUUCUAUUUAUGUAGUAUUUUCUGUGUAACUAAUGCGGUGAAGAUAUUUAAUGAUCAUUUAAGGAUUAAAUAAUAAUAUAAGAUGAAUUUGCAUUAUGUUUAACAGAACAACUUACCUUUAUGGGUUGGGGUAACAAUUAUUGUGAAAAUUGUGUAAUUCGGUUCAUGUAUGGGUACAUUAAAAUAAGUUAGGGUGUAAACAGGACAGGG